GGAACCGAUACCACCUCCACCGCACUCGCGGCGUCGCUGUACUAUCUCACUCACCACCCCAAGGUGUACGAACGCGCCGUGCACGAGGUUCGCAGCACAUUCCAGUCUCGAGACGAGAUUCGUCUGGGCCCGAAAGUGAACUCCUGCUCCUACCUCCGUGCAGUGAUUGAAGAGACUAUGCGCCUGUCACCCUCGGCCCCUGGACCCUUGUGGCGCCAGGCCGACGUCGGCGGAGCCACUGUGGAUGGACAGUACAUUCCCCAGGGUCUGGAGGUUGCCACUUGUGUCUACAGCAUUCACCAUAACCCGGAGAUUUACCCGCAACCCUUCAAGUUCGUCCCCGAGCGGUGGCUCGGGCCCGAGGCGACCCCCGAGCCGUACCGCAGCGAAUAUUCCCCCUUCGCAGCCUUCAAUCCUUUCUCCAUUGGGCCUCGCAGCUGCAUCGGAAAGCCUUUGGCAUACAUUGAGCUCACUUUGACUCUGUCGCACAUUCUGUACGCCUUCGAUAUGCGUUUGCCUCAGGGUGUUCAGGCCGGUGACGAUGGCGAAUACCGGCUUCACCUGCACAUUACCGCCGCCAAGGAGGGCCCGUGGGUUGAAUUCAGGCCACGG